AUGCCACCAUUGGUGCCAUCUGUGCGCUGGAAUGCUGCUGAUGAGGAGUCGGCCAAUCACGGCCCUAAUACUCAUGUACAGUCGCGAUCAAAGAACAACAACAGCGUUGGGAUUCAGAGACGAGGCAGUCAACGGUCGAUCGAUCCUGCAGCUGCCAUUCCGAUUGAAUAUCGAAGCCUUUCAUUCGAGAUCGAGGACGAUGCGCAAAGGCAGCGGCGGUUCAGGCGCCAGGAUCAAAGAGAUAAGUUGGCCGAAGAAUGGCAGAGCACAGACUGGCACACUCUGUCCGUGGAGGAGGUACAAAAACAACUCAACGCCGAUGUGAUGGCGGGAUUGUCCACAGAGAAAGCUGCCGAACGUCUGAGGAAAUACGGUCCGAACAAGAUCUCACCCCUUCCAAACCCUUGGUUCUGGAAGAUAUUCGGAUACUUUUUCAAAGGAUUUGGUUCGAUUCUGCUUGUCGGUGGUAUCCUGGUUUUCAUUUCAUGGAAACCACUCGGUCAACCCCCAGCUGUUGCCAAUCUCGCGCUAGGCAUCGUUCUUAUCGCGGUAUUCGUCAUUCAAGCAGCUUUCAAUGCCUGGCAAGACUGGUCCUCGUCGCGUGUCAUGGCAUCAAUUACCGCGAUGCUGCCUGAAUCAUGUUGGGUUCUUCGAGACGGGAGUCGAUGUGAAGUCGUAUCUACGGAUAUCGUCCUAGGCGACACUGUCUUCAUUAAAUCAGGCACCAAAAUUCCCGCAGAUUUAAGGUUCAUCGAAGCUUCGCAUGACCUGACGAUUGAUCGUUCCAUCGUGACAGGCGAGUCAAAUCCAAUCAAGGCUACCACUGAUUCGACAUCCGACAAUUAUCUUGAAACACGAUGCAUUGGCCUCCAGGGUACACACUGCGUUUCCGGCACGGCCACGGCAAUUGUUGUAGCGACGGGCGACUCUACAGUCUUUGGGCGGAUCGCCAAACUUGCGGGCGAACCGAAAACCGGGCUUACGACGAUUGAGAAAGAGGUUUUACGAUUCGUACUCUUGAUUUUCGUCAUCAUGGUUACGUGGAUUGUGAUCCUUGCUGCUGUGUGGGGCGGGUGGCUACACAAGGUGCAUCCAGACUAUAUCAACGUACCUACACUCAUCGUCGAUUGUGUCAGCGUUGCUAUAGCCUAUAUUCCGGAAGGGCUGCCAAUAGCUGUGACGGCGAGCUUGACGAUCACGGCCAAUCUAUUGAAAAAGAACAAGGUCCUAUGCAAAUCUCUCAAGACCGUUGAGACCCUGGGCGCGGUCUCCGUCAUAUGUACUGAUAAGACUGGCACUUUGACACGGAAUCGGAUGUCGGUCACAGACUACGCUGUGCACACAGCGAGCUCAAUCUUGGACGCAACCGGUGCUAAUUCUCUCUCGAAAAUGAAUCGAUUAGCACUUCAACAGCUUCGUUCCAUCGCCGGUCUUUGUAACGCUGCUGAAUUUGAUAGCAAGUCCGAGAACCUUCCUCUCAGUGAAAGGGCGAUAUUCGGUGAUGCCACAGAUCAAGCGAUCCUCAGAUUCUCGGAAGGCUUAGGCUCUGUCUCACAACUGAAGCAAGGCUGGAAAUCAUUUUUCACCCUGGCUUUUGACAGCAAGAAUAAAUUCAUGAUCAAGACAUUUACCACGGCCAUGGUCGGAAGCCCUAACCUGUCACUAUCACCGACGGAAGUUUCGAAAUUCCAGCCUCAGGACAUGCUUUUCACUAUUAAGGGAGCUCCCGAUAUUUUGAUCCAACGCUGUUCGCACAUCUUAGGGCCAGAUGGAGAGGUUCAGCCAUUGAGUGAAGAUGUUCAGCGUAAGGUUGAGCAGAAGAUAAAGGAGUGGUCAUCUGACGGGAAGCGGGUCAUUCUUUUGGCUCGUAAGCUCUUGACUCAAGAGAAAUGCUGUCCAGAUCCGCUAUCGCCGGAAUGCGAGGCACAGAUGCUCCGGGAAGCAAAGUCCGGCCUUACCCUGGUUGGCCUGUUGGGAUUGAUUGACUCACCUCGGUCAGAAAUUCCAGAGGUUAUCAGAAUUUUGCGACAGGCUCAAAUCCGUGUUUUUAUGGUUACGGGUGACUUUGGCCAGACAGCCCUGGCGAUUGCACGCCAAUGUGGUAUCGUUACCUCAGAUUCUGUCCAUGAUGCUUCUGCUCUUGCUCGAGAUCCAACCCUUAACGAGAAAGAAGUGGAUUUCUCUCAAUCUGCCUUACUUGUCAGUGGCAGUGAUCUAAUGGGGUUCAAUGAAUUCCAAUGGGAACAGUUGUGCCAGUAUCGCGAGAUCGUGUUCUCACGUACUACUCCUCAUCAAAAAUUGCGGAUUGUGCGGGAAUUGCAGUCAAGGAACGAGACAGUUGCAAUGACAGGAGACGGCGUUAACGACGCUCCGGCGCUCAAGGCCGCGGAUAUCGGUAUCAGUCUUGCCAGCGGCUCUGAUAUCGCCAUCGAAGCGGCUGAUAUGGUCCUACUAGACUCGUUCGCGGCCAUCGUUGAGGCUGUCCGAUAUGGGAGAGUUGUCUUUGACAAUCUGAAGAAGACAGUUGCUUAUCUUCUUCCAGCCGGGUCCUGGUCCGAAUUCUGGCCCGUCUUUACCAACCUGAUCUUCGGAAUCCCGCAAAUAUUGUCAUCAUUCUUGAUGAUUAUCAUUUGUUGCUUUACGGACUGUGCCGCCGCUGUUGCCCUCGCAUAUGAGGCGCCCGAGGCAGAUGUACUAUAUCGUCCACCGCGUCAUCCCACCAAGACCCGGCUCGUUGAUUGGAAGCUUAUUUUCCAUUCCUAUGCAAUCAUUGGAAUGAUAGAAACCGUAUGUUCCUUUGCCAUGGCUUUCUGGUAUCUUCAGAGGAACGGUAUUCCAUUCUCCGAUCUGUGGUUCAAGUUUGGCGAAAUUCCCGCGGGAAUUGACGUGGACUUCUACAAUGCACGAGUCAAUGAAGCUAGCUCGAUCUACUUCAUCAACCUUGUUAUCAUGCAAUGGUUCAAUCUCAUGGCCGUGCGCACUCGCCAUCUUUCAAUCUUCCAACAUCCGCCUGCGUUCAAUAAAGAAACGCAAAAUCUGUAUCUUUUCCCUGCCAUUGUGUUUUCCUUGGGUAUUGCUGUCAUUUGGCUCUACAUUCCAAGUCUACAGACUGUUCUCAGCACGUCUGGGAUCCCUGUCGAGCAUUUCUUCCUCCCUGCGGCACUAGGCCUCGGACUACUUUGCCUGGAUGAAGGAAGGAAAGCAGCAGUUCGUCGCUGGCCCAAAGGGUCAUUCGCAAAGAUGGCAUGGUAA